UUGCUUUUGUUAGUUUGAUUUCCUUUUCUUCUUCAAGACUUCAAUCGACUUCUUCCUCAAUCCAUCUCUUUGCAACUGUGAUCUCUUUGCAACACUACUCUGUUUACGAUUUGGACGUCUUGCAAGUGCAACUGUUUCCGUUGUUCCAUAUGGCCGUAGCGGUAUCUGCAAUCGGAUUUGAAGGUUAUGAAAAGAGGCUUGAAAUAUCGUUUUUUGAGCCGGGUGUCUUUGUUGAUCCUGACGGAAAGGGUCUCCGAUCUCUGUCAAAAUUCCAAUUGGAUGCGGUUCUUGGACCAGCUGAGUGCACUAUAGUUUCUUCACUGUCAAAUGACCAUGUGGAUUCCUACGUUCUUUCAGAAUCUAGCCUCUUUGUUUAUCCGUACAAGAUAAUUAUCAAAACCUGUGGGACAACGAAGUUACUUCUUUCAAUCCCACCGGUCCUAAAAUUUUCUGAGACCCUUUACCUUGCUGUAAGAUCUGUGAGGUAUACUAGUGGAAGUUUCAUCUUCCCUGGAGCUCAGACGUAUCCGCAUUGUAACUUCUUAGAAGAAGUUGCUGUCCUAGACGCCUAUUUUGGGCAACUUGGUUCAGGCAGCAAGGCUUAUAUUAUGGGUGGGUCUGACAAACCACAGAAAUGGCAUGUGUAUUCUGCAGAAGCAGAAUUUGCAAGUGCAUCCGACCCUGUUUACACUCUAGAAAUGUGCAUGCCUGGUUUGGACAGGAAAAUGGCAUCUGUCUUCUAAAAAUCACAAUCAGGCUCAGCAGUUGUGAUGACUAUCAAUUCUGGCAUAAGAAAGAUUCUUUCAGAUUCUGAUAUAUGUGACUUCGAGUUUGAUCCCUGCGGUCAUUCCAUGAAUGCCAUUGAAGGAUCUGCAAUUUCAACCAUUCAUGUUACACCAGAAGAUGGUUUCAGUUAUGCAAGCUUUGAAACAGUUGGGCAUGAUUUAAAAGGUGUGAAUCUGACUCUAUUGGUUGAGAGGGCAUUGGCUUGUUUUGGACCGAGUGAGUUAUCUAUAGCAGUGCAUGCCAAUGUUGCGGGUAAAUUACUUGAGCAGAAUUGUUCACUGGAUGUCAAGGGAUACUGUCGCAGAGAGAGGAGCCUUGAAGAGCUUGGAGGGGGUGGUUCCAUUGUCUACCAGAGGUUCAUUAAGACUGGAGGCUGUGUUUCUCCUAGAUCAACUCUGAAAUGCUGGCAAGAGGAAGAACAAGAUGAAGAAUGGUAGCAAAUGUUUUCUCCAUUG